AUUUUCAGAUAAUCUCAUCAAGCCCUUCAACACCAUAUGUACUCUUUAAUGGAUCAUCUUGUUUAACUUUUGUCUCUUUCCAUUCAAGAAAAUCCCGUUUAAUUUAAUACUUAUGAGUUAUAUCCUCUUCUCCAAAGGUUUCUAGAGGUGGACCCAAAGGAUUGAUAAUUCACCAAAGGACUGAGUUUGCAUGAAUUUGUGUACCAAUAGGAUUUUAGGGUAAAAUACCAAAAAAAACAUACAAUGGAGAAAAAAGAAAACAACCAGCCCUCUUUGCUUACAAAUUUUCCAAGUCUAAAUGACUACUACUUUCUUGAUGAUCCAUAUUGUCAUAACUAUCAACAUUCACAUGAGAUGGUUAAUGAAGAAUCCUUGAUGGUGCCACAAAAGGAAGAGAAGUUGAAAGAGAUUAGUGAUAAAGUAGAAAUUAAUGCCACAUCACAAGUAAGUUUUCUUGGUGAAAAUAUUGAAAAUAGCCAAGCAAAUGACAGCAAGAAGAAGAGGAAAAGAACAAGAAUGAAGAGUAGUGAGGAAGUUGAGAACCAAAGAAUGACACAUAUUGAAGUGGAGAGGAAUAGAAGGAAGCAAAUGAAUGAACAUCUUCAUGUAUUGAGGUCUCUCAUGCCAAGCUCCUAUGUACAAAGGGGAGAUCAAGCCUCAAUUAUUGGUGGAGCAAUAGAAUUUGUCCGAGAAUUGGAGCAACUCUUGCAAUGCCUUGAAUCACAAAAGAGAAGGAAGCUCUAUGGCGAUGAUUCAUCAACAUCAAUCAUGGAAAUUCAAAAUCCUCCACAGCCACCAUUAGUUUUUGCUCCUAAUUUGCCUCUUGCAAAUGAAAAUGAAAAUGAAAUUGGAAUUCAAGAAGAAACAGCUGAGAGCAAGUCAUGUUUGGCUGAUGUUGAAGUGAAGCUUAUAGGUUUUGAUAAUGCCAUGAUCAAGAUUUUGUCAAAAAGAAGGCCAGGCCAACUCAUUAACACCAUUUCUGCUUUAGAAGAUUUGCAGCUUAACAUUAUUCAUACAAAUGUUACCACCAUUGAACAAACUGUUCUAUAUUCAUUCAAUGUUAAGAUUUCUGGUGAAACGAGGUUUACAGCUGAUAAUAUAGCAAAUUUGAUCCAGCAAAUAUUCAGUUUUUUUCAUGCAAAUAGUGCCAUAUGAAGUAAAGGUAGUGGGAGGCUACCAAAAUAUUAGCUUGUAAACUUAUAUCAUAUAGCAAUUCUUGUUUAAUUUUGGAGUUGAGCUCUUAUUAGGGUCUUCAUAAACAUAUUAUUGAGCAUUCAAAUAAAAUUUUAAAUUCAAAUAUAUGUGACUCAAAGUUCAUUGAAAGCACAAAAUCAUGGAUGUGUAUCUAUGAACUUGGCAAGAUCCUAUACAUUUAUGGUCUCUUUGUGCUUUAUGAUGAGCUCAGAAUUCUUUCU